AUGGCAGACUCCAACGACCCUUCACCAACAAUGCACUACAUCGACCCGGCAGACCUGCACUCCUUUGUCGAGCGCAUCCUCAUCGCCAACAACUGCUCACCCUCCAGCGCCGCCACCGUUGCCAAAUGCCUCGUCGCCGCUGACCUGCGCGGCGUCGACACCCACGGCAGCAAUCGCAUUCCCUCCUACAUGGAGCGCAUCCGCCAAGGCGUGCUCGACCCCACCGCCACACCCACCCUGCACCAGAUCACACCCGCCGUCGCGCAAGUCGAUGCGCACAACGGGUUCGGCUUCGUUGCCGCGGCCGCUGGCAUGGCCCGCGCCAUUGAGAUGGCCGCCACCUUCGGCGUGGGGCUCGUGGCCGUGAAGCACUCAAACCACUUCGGCAUGUCAGCAUGGAUCGUGCAGCAGGCGCUCGACGCGGGCAUGAUGAGCCUGGUGUUCACGAACUCGUCGCCCGCGCUGCCGGCCUGGGGCGGCCGCGAAAAACUGAUGGGCGUGUCGCCCAUUGCGUGCGGCGCACCCUCGGGCGACCCCACACGCCCAUUUAUUCUCGAUAUGGCGCCCAGCGUGGCCGCCCGCGGCAAGAUCUACAAGGCGCUGCGGCGCGGAGAGCGCAUUCCGGCGGAGUGGGCUCUGGACGCAGACGGGGCACGGACAGAGGACCCGGCGCGAGCGCUGGAGGGCGUGAUGUUGCCGAUGGGUGGGCCGAAGGGGUCAGCGCUGGCGAUCAUGAUGGAUGUCUUCUCCGGGGUGUUUUCGGGGGCGGCGUUUGCAGGACAUGUCGCGGGCCCGUAUGACCCGUCACGACCGGCGGAUGUGGGCCACUUCUUGGUGGCGGUCAAGCCGGACUUGUUUAUGACGAUGGAGGAGUUUCAGGCGCGGAUGGAUUAUCUGUAUAAGCGUGUUGUCGAGUCGGAGAAGAUGGCGGGUGUGGAUCGCAUUUAUUUCCCUGGGGAGAUCGAGUGUCUUACGGAGCAGAAACGCCGCAAAGAGGGGAUUCCUUUUGCGGAGGCUGAGGUGGCUGCAUUGAAUCAGGAGGCAGAUCGGGUGAACGUGGAGCGGUUGAAAGUUCAGAAGAACUGA